CUCACCUGCCUGGCCCUACUUCACCCUUUACCCGACCUCUGGGCUACUGCUCCACUGGCCCCUUCAUUGCUCCACUGGUGGGCCUGGCUGAGCUGGACGGUGUCCAGAGUUUGCCACAGGCCCUGCUGGCUGCGCAGGCAGGGGGCCCCUGGGCCUGCCUGGGAAGCCGCCACGGGGCCCAGAGUGGAGGUCACCUCCCCUGGGGCCCUCCCCUCCGGCUGCCACAGCGGUGUGACGAUAGCCCAGCACUUCUUACUGCCCCUCCUAGACAGCAGGCACAGGGACGGAGAGGUCCCUCCGACGUUUUUUAGGGGGCAGCGUGUCUUUACUGGCCUCGGACUACUCCAGCAACAUCUUUCUAGGCCGGGUGGCAGGAGCGAUGCCCAGGCCCUUGCCCUCCCCUCCUCCCAGGUGAUAAGGCAGGUGGAGGUCCAACCAACUCCACCCCCAUCUCCUUGCCUGGCCCUGCAGGUGCAACCCUUGGGGAGCUCCCAGUCUGGUGCAGGAGACCAUGUGUGGCCCAGAGUGGGGGCUGUGGGCAGUGAGGUCAGAGUUAGGGGCGCAAGAGCUGAGUCUUGAGGUUCAAACGGGACUUUUCACAGGUGAUAUGUGAGAGACAGACGGAGAAACUGCAACUUGGAGCCGAAUAGGGGUCUGUCCAAGGUUUUCUGGCCUGGGUGCUCCUCCCCUUCCAGGCCACCCAGGGCUGGCCCUUGUUCCUUCCUAGCUAAUGCGGGUCCAAGCUUCAGACCAGACUGAGAGAAGCAGCACAGAUCUCGUUUACUUAACCUCGCAACAGGUCGGCGGUGCCUGACUCCUGGGACCCAGGGACCAAGGAGGGUGCCCCGCCCCCACUCAGCCCUUCAGAGCAGCUCCAGGUGCUGGGAAGGGCCUGGGGGCCUCUACUUGCUGCUUACUGAGAAAGGGAAUUUCCCCCCAGACUCAAACGCCAACCCUAAGAUUACACAGGCUCCAGGUCCCUGAGCACCGUGAUUUGGGGUCUGCAAGAUCACAGAUGCCUUUGCCUGGGCAGCCUGUGACCCCCACAUACGAAGGGCCUGCUCGGCACCAGGCUGUUCCCACUAAAAGGAGCUCGGCUAUGGGCCGGGAGCUCACAAAGCAUCAAUUCCAUUCUAAAAGCUCAGACUGGAAAACCCCCAGGAAGCAUGGCCGAAGGCACUCCUAGCAGCACUGUUUGAUGGCAGGAACCUAGAAGUGACUCACAGGCACAUCAAGAAAAUGGAUCAGGAGCAAAGCCGCACAACGUAACGUUACCCAGCAGUGAAAAUGCAUCCACUGCGGCUCGGCGUGCACCGUGCACGCCAUGGGUGGGCCGAUAGUGACGUCGAGUGAAGAAAAUCUGUCUAACGCCCUUAGUUCAAAAGCCAGUAAACGGAACAUGUGUUUGGGCAUGUGUGUGCGUGUGACAAGCCCAGCUUUCAGGAUAGGAGUUAGUCUGGGGAGGGCAGGGGACAGGACGGGGUGGAAGCACAGUUAGGCCACCGUCGUGCACCAAGAUUCGAAGUGAUCCAAAUCCAUUUGCCUAAGGAGCCAUAUUUUUUAAAGGAAAAUUAAACACAGGAGAGCAUUUUUUGACACAAAAAGCACAAGCCAUAAGAAAAUUUGCCUCUUUCAAAAUAGAAAGUGAAAAACAAUGACGAAAAAUAUCAUAAAAGUUAACAGACAAGGUGAGAGAGUAGAAAGACAUUGCAACAUAUAUAACAAGGAUUCAUGUUGAGAAUAUACAUCCAGUUGAAAACUGGGCAAAGGGUAUAAACAGGCAGUUCACAGAAGAGGAGACCCGAAGAGCAAAAAGAAAUGUUCGGGCUUCCCUGGUGGCACAAUGGUUAACCAUCUGCCUGCCAAUACAAGGGACACAGGUUCGAGCCCUGGCCCGGGAAGAUCCCACACGCCGCGGAGCAACUAAGCCCGUGCGCCACAACUACAGAGCCUGCUCUCUAGAGCCCGCGAGCCACAACUGCUGAGCCCACGUGCCACAACUACUGAAGCCUGCGUGCCUAGAGCCCGUGCUCCGCAACAAGAGAAGCCACCACAAUGAGAAGCCCGCGCACCACGAUAAAGAGUAGCCCCCGCUCGCCACAACUAGAGAAAGCCCGCGUGCACAACAACGAAGACCCAACGCAGCCAAAAAUAAAUAAAUAAAUAAUUUUUUUUAAAAAAAGGAAAUCAUGUUCAACUUUACUGGAAAAUAAGGAAAUGUGAAAUACAACCACAGAUAAUACCAUUUCAGACCAGACUGGCAAAUAACGAUUAAAAGAGGUGACACCAGGAAAGAGGUGAAUCUGGCACAUCUUACACAUUGCUGGAGGGAUGUCAAACUAAUAAAAGCCACUUUAGACAGCAAUUUGGCAGAUACUGAGAAAGCUGAAAAUGCAUGUAGCCCGUGACCCCAAAUUCCAUGUCUAAGGAUCUACCUGAGAGAAACUUGUAUGUGUACACAAGGGGACAAGUACAACGGCAGCCUGAUGAGGGAUACCAGAAAAUUAAGAAAUGACCAAAUGUCCGUAAGUAGAAGAGUUAGAUUAUGGCACAUGCAUGCAGUGAGAUCACAUGUAGCAGUUAAAAGGAGUAAACCGGAUGCAGAAGCUACCUGUAUCCACUGAGUAAAUCUUCAAAAAACACUGCUGAGUGAAAGAAACAAGUUUGCAAAAUAAUAUGCACUGUUUGAUACGUUAAAAAAAUUUAAUGCCCUAUAUCGUAAAAUUAUACUACUUCAUGAAAGUGGUUGCCUCUGGGUAGAAAGGGAGGAGAGAGACUGAGACAGUACACCUCCUUAUUACCUGCGUCUGGGGCAGACUGCACUCCUGCCUCCAUCCCAUGCCGCUGUUGUGGAAUAUUUAUAGAAGGGAAUGCUGGAAUGCUAUAUAAAAAUGAACGAAUUUUUACAAUAUGCACCACAGGUGAAUCUCACUGAAAUAAUACUGAUUUUAAAGAGCCAGACAGGGCUUCCCUGGUGGCGCAGUGGUUGAGAGUCCGCCUGCCAACGCAGGGGACACGGGUUCGAGCCCCAGUCCGGGAAGAUCCCACAUGCCGCGGAGCAUCUAAGCCCGUGCGCCACAACUACUGAGCCUGCGCUCUAGCGCCCACGCGCCACAACUACUGAAGUCCGCUCACCUAGAGCCCGUGCUCCACAACAAGAGAAGCCACCACAAUGAGAAGCCUGCGCACCGCAACAAAGAGCAGCCCCUGCUCACCGCAACUAGCCCAACGCAGCCAAAAAAAAAAAAAAGCCAGACAUAAAAGGAUACACACUGGGGACUUCCCUGGUGGUCCGGUGGUUAAGAAUCCACCUUCCAAUGCCGGGGACGCAGGGUUCGAUCCCUGGUCAGGGAACUAAGAUCCCACAUGCCUCGGGGCAACUAAGCCCUCAUGCCGCAACUACUGAGCACGCACGCUCUGGAGCCCGCGUGCGGCAACUAGACAGAAGACCACGUGCUGCAACGAAGACCCCGUGUGCCGCAACUAAGACCCGACGCAGCCAAAUAAAUAAAUAAAUAAAUAUGGGUGGGAUAAAAAAGGAUGCACCCUGUGCAAUACUGUUGAUAGAAUUUGCUGAGUGAAAUAAAGCACGUGCAGAAGUCUGUGUGUCAGGACUUCCCUGGUGGUCCAGUGGUUAAGACUCCGUGUUCCCAAUACAGGGGGCCUAGGUUUGAUCCCUGGUCAGGGAACUAGAUCCCACAUGCUGCAACUAGGACCCGGCGCAGCCAAAUAAAUGUUAAUAAAAAGUCUGUGUGUGGUGUGACACUAUUUCUUGUUCUGUUUUUUUUUUUUAAAAAAAAAAAACCCAAAAAACAGUAAUGAAAGCUGCAUUUCCACCAGAAACACAGAUCUAAAAUAUCAUAGGAUCUGAAAAAUCAUAGCAUACAUAAAGGUUUUAAACGUUUGCUAUGAUCUAGAUGAACUAUUUCAUUUUUUAAAAAAAAUGCACGCCUCCAGGAAGAUAAGUAUUUAGGUAUUCUCUGCAACACUGUAAUAAAAAAUUGGAGGCAACCUAAACGUCCAAGAUUAAUGAAUAAGUUGAUACACUUAUACAGUAGAAUACUAUACAAGUCAAAAUGAAUGAGUAUAACGAAGAAGAAUCAAUUUAGUUCGCUGAGGUUGAGUGAAAAAAAACAAAUUUGCAGAAUAAUUUAUGUACAGUGUUAAACAAUGUACGUAAAUGUUAUUAUAAGCACGAACAGGGCAGAGUUAACUGUCCUUGAGCACCUACUAUGUACCUUAACCCCCAGGGCAACCCUAUGAGCUAGUUACUGAUACUCUGUCUUUUCACAGAGUAGGAAACUGAGGCUUGGCGAGGUGCAGCCCUGCCCAGGGACACAGCCGGAGGAAGCCUAGGUCUGGGACCCACCGGCCAGCCCCUUGAGGCCCCUCCCUGCUCGGCCGCUCCAGGGACUCGGGUCUCAGGUCUGGGCCAGGAUUCUGAGCAAGAGGCCCUGCAACUUCAGCCGCUGCUCCCGCCAUGCCCGCCCCUCCCUCACCUCACAAUGCCUCCCAUUCAGCCCUGUCCCCGCUGCCAGGUCUGCGGGCUGGGAGGGGGGCUCCCGCUGGCGUCCAGGCAGGGACCGUUGCCAACCUUCCCCUGUGCUGCAUUUCCAGGCUGGACUGGCCGUGCGAUCGGCAUGGCGGGCCCCCAGCGUGUCUCCGCGGUGCUGCUGCUUCCUCUGCUGCUGCCACUGGGGCCAACCUGGCAUGCAGCUGCCCAGCGCUGCCCACAGACCUGCGUCUGCGACAAUUCCAGGCAGCACGUUGCCUGCCGGCACCAGAACCUCACCGAGGUGCCGAAUGCCAUCCCUGAGCUGACCCAGCGGCUGGACCUCCAGGGCAAUAUGCUGAAGCUGAUCCCCCCAGCUGCCUUCCGGGACCUGCCUUACCUGACACACCUGGACCUGCGGCACUGCCAGGUGGAGCUGGUGGCCGAGGGUGCCUUCCGAGGCCUGGGCCGCCUGCUCCUCCUCAACCUGGCCUCCAACCGCCUGAACACGCUGCCCCAGGAGGCGCUGGACGGGCUAGGCUCGCUGCGGCGGCUGGAGCUGGAGGGGAACCUGCUGGAGGAGCUGCGGCCGGGGACGUUCGGAGCGCUGGGCGCGCUGGCCACGCUGAAUCUGGCCCACAACGCCCUCGUCUACCUGCCCGCCAUGGCCUUCCAGGGGCUGGUGCGCACCCGCUGGCUGCAGCUGUCCCACAACGCGCUCAGCGUGCUGGCCCCCGAGGCCCUGGCCGGCCUGCCCGCGCUGCGCCGGCUCAGCCUGCACCACAAUGAGCUGCAGUCCCUGCCCGGGGCGACCUUGUCCCAGGCCCGCGGCCUGGCCCGCCUCGAACUGGGCCACAACCCCUUCACCUACACGGGCGAGGAGGACGGGCUGGUGCUGCCCGGCCUGCGGGAGUUGAGGCUGGACCACGGGGCCCUGCAGGCCCUGGACCCCAGGGCCUUUGCCCACUGCCCCCGCCUGCACACCCUGGACCUACGUGGGAACCAGCUGGAUGUCCUGCAGCCGCUGCAGGGCCCGGGGCAGCUGCGCCGGCUGCGGCUGCAGGGGAACCCGCUGCGGUGCGACUGCCGGGCUAGGCCCCUGCUCCAGUGGCUGGCGCGUGCGCGCGUACGCUCGGACGGCGCGUGCGGGGGGCCACGGCGCCUGCGCGGCGAGGCCCUGGACGCCCUGCGGCCCUCGGACCUGCGCUGCCCCAGAGCCGAGGCGGAGGAGGAAGAGGAGGAAGAGGAGGAGGUGGCGGCCGCGCGGCCCCGUGUCCCUGCCGGCACCUCCAAGGAGAAGGCUGGGGCGGCCGGGCCCUGCCCGCGCGCCUGCGUGUGCGCCCCUGAGUCCCGGCACAGCGGCUGUGAGGGCCGCGGCCUGCAGGUCGUGCCCCGCGGCUUCCCCAACGACACUCAGCUCCUGGACCUGAGGCAGAACCACUUCCCCUUGGUGCCCCGAGAGGCCUUCCCGGGCCUGGGCCAGCUGGUGUCGCUGCACCUGCAGCACUGCGGCAUCACGGAGCUGGAGGCAGGCGCCCUGGUGGGGCUGGGCAGCCUACUCUACCUCUACCUCUCGGACAACACGCUCUCCAGCCUCAGCGCUGCCUCCCUCGAAGGGGCGCCCUGCCUGGGCUACCUGUACUUGGAGCGCAACCGCUUCCUGCAGGUGCCAGGGGCCGCCCUGCGCGCCCUGCCCAGCCUCUUCUCCCUGCACUUGCAGGACAACGCUCUGGACCGCCUGGCACUGGGGGACCUGGCAGGCGUUCGGGCCUUGCGCUGGCUCUACCUGAGUGGGAACCGCAUCACCCAAGUGUCCCCCGGGGCACUGGGCCCCGCUCAGGAGCUGGAGAAGCUGCACCUGGACAGGAACCAGCUGCGAGAGGUGCCCACUGCGGCCCUGGAGGGGCUGCCUGCCCUCCUGGAGCUGCAGCUCUCGGGGAACCCUCUCAGGACCCUGCGAGAUGGGGCCUUCUGGCCCGUGGGCCGCUCGCUGCAACACCUUUUCCUGAACAGCAGUGGCCUGGAGCAGAUUUCUCCCGGGGCCUUCUUGGGCCUGGGGCCCCGGCUCCAGAGCCUACAUCUGCAAAAGAAUCAGCUGCAGGCCCUGCCCGCCCUGCCCGUCCUGAGCCAGCUUGAGCUCAUUGACCUCAGUGGCAAUCCCUUCCACUGUGACUGCCAGCUGCUCCCACUUCACAGGUGGCUCACUGGGCUGAACCUGCGCGUGGGGGCCGUCUGUGCCGCCCCUCCCAGUGCCCGUGGCCAGAGGGUGAAGGCUGCAGCUGCUGUCUUUGAAGCCUGCCCGGGCUGGGCUGCCAGGAAGGCCAAGCGGACGCCGGCCCCCAGGCCUGCUGCCCGGAGGGCCCCCAUGAGGGGAAGACGGCAGGGAGCGAACAAGGUUGGCCGGGGGCAGGUGCAGGGAGGCCUCACUGGGUGGGUCAGGUUUUAAAGCCCCUGGGGCAGCAGGGGUCUGAUUUGUCUUGGUCCCAAUUUCAUGAGAUUCUAGAUCUGGGCAAUGACCCUGUUGCUUCCGUUCAAAAAUGUCCAUCCCCCUCUCCUUACCUCCGCCACCUCUGGGCUAAGCCCAGAGUGGGUUUGUAAGGAAAUGACCGCCCACUGUUUCAUCCCACGGGACGGUGGCCUUUCCGAUUAAGCUGCAGCGUCCCAGGCCCCGAGGUAUCCGUGAGAAGAGCCCCCACAGUGACCAUUGCUGCUAGAUUGCUGUUGAUUCAGCCCGUUCCCACCUGAUCUUGGGGGCCUCGCUCAUCCCUGGGGCGGGAAGAGCAGGAGUGCAGGUGUGUGGUUGGUGCCACGGGUCGGACUCCAUCACCCCCUUGACGUUACGUUUGCUGUCCAGACAAACCCAUUCACACUGGAACGCUCAGCUGUAGCAAAAUCCCGCAGCCCAUCCGAGAAGAGUGGGCAGGACAUGGGCACCCCUCCACGUGGCGACCCGUGCUGGGUGGUGAGGGGAUGUAGGGGAGGCAGACCUUAGAGGGAAGCCGUGACCAGAACGGUGGGGGGGGGGGGCUCUGGGAAGGAAGGGAGCGGGUCCUGCCUGCCUCUGGACCUGCAGCUUGAAGAGUUGGGGCACCUGGGGACCAUCAGAUGGUGUUUGUAUUAGGUCCCUAGGGCUGCAGUACCACAAACUACCACAAGCUGGGUGGCUCAGAACCACAGAAAUGUAUUGUCUCACUGAUGUGGAGGUUCGAAGCCUGGAAUCAAAGUGCUGGCGGGGCUGUGCUUCCUCUGAGGCCUCGAGGGGAGGGUCCUUCUGUGCCCCGUCCAGCAGCCUCCGCGGGCCCCAGAUGUUCCUUUGCUGUGGCAGCACAACCCCCGUCCGUGCCUCCACCGUCACAUGAUGUCUUCCCGGGUCUCUCCACGUUGUCUGUCUGCUGGAUGUGUCCAAAUUCGCCCUUUUUUUUUUUUUUCCGGUACGCGGGCCUCUCACUGUUGUGGCCUCUCCCGUUGCGGAGCGCAGGCUCCGGACGCGCAGGCUCAGUGGCCAUGGCUCAUGGGCCCAGCCGCUCCGCGGCAUGUGGGAUCUUCCCGGACUGGGGCACGAACCCGCGUCCCCUGCAUCGGCAGGUGGACUCUCAACCACUGCGCCACCAGGGAAGCCCCAAAUUCCCCUUUUAUGAGGACACGAGUCAUUAGAUCAGGGCCCACCCUAAUGACCUAAUUUUAACUGGAUCACCUCUGUGAAGACCCUAUUUCAAAAUAAGUCCUCAUUCUGAGGUGUAUCUUCUUCGUGGGGACUUAAUUCAACCCGAAACAGUGUUCGUUGUGGAGGUCGGCUGGGAGUGAGAAAGAACCCCUAAAAAGACCCCAGGCUGAAGGUGAGCAUUCAGCCUUAGAAGCGAGACCUGGAGCCAGAGUCAAUGACGGCGGCCAUACUCGGCGAACACUUGGGCGGCACUUUCUGCCGGGAGCUGUGCUGACGAAUGGCACGGCGUGGAUGCUGAGCUUGACUCGGGAGCAGCUGCCCCGACGGGUUCACCACCAGGUCAGGACUCUCAUUAAAAGACCCCCACGCCAAUCCCACAUUUUGUAGCUGCGACAGGAAUGGGGCCUCGUGGGCACCCCCAUCCAACCACCCUUUCUGACAUGGAGAUACGCCACCAAAUGGGCUUUUUUUUUUUUUUUCCAAAUGGGCUGUUUUUACUUUGUUGAAAGUGGCAGCUUCCUCCCAGGAAUACCAAGGCAUCGAAGAAGGAUAAGGGCCCUGAGCCCUGGCAGGGUGUUCUGGGCCUGGGGCUUGCCUGGCCGAAGGCACCUGGUAGACGAGCCUGGGUUUACUCCCACUGCUGUGGUUUAACAGUUGUCAAGCCACCAGGGUACUGAACUUUCAAGAGUCCUCUUUCUCUUAUGUGUAAAAUGAAGUCAGCGUGUCCUCACAGGAUUACUGUGAAGAUGAAGCAAGCUGUGUGAGCGCCUGUAAACUAGUGCCUGGCACAGGAGGCUGUCACAAAUGGUAGUCCCCUUGCUUUCCGUCCCUUAAGCAGAGCUGAGGGUCCAGAUGGGGUGACAGUAAAGGAGGGUGCAGGGGGCUUCCUCCGGUGUCUGCACGUGGCCUAGUCUGCCCCUGGGAGCUGCUGCAGGCCGCCAAACAGUGGGAGAAGGGACUGGAAGUGGUUCUGUUCUUUAGGAUAUUUCCCAGCCACCAGGUGGCCCCGCUGCUGUGAAACUUCGAGACCUUUAGUUCCAUCCAAGGGCAAUUGAGGAACAAGGUUCAUUCUGUGCCUUGAGCUAUGAUGUCCCAGAGGUCCACACUUCCAUCUAUGACAAAUUAACCUCUAGGUCCCAGCAACACGUUAUGUACACUUUGUCACAUACUCGCUGAGGGCACCUCUGUGCCGGGCACGAGGGGCACACAAGACACGGGCUUGGGCUUUCUGGAACCUGUAGUUUUGGGAGGGGAAUGGCUGAACCAUAAACGAGGAUAUAGCAGUUGUUGCUAUGGAGACAGGGAGCUCCGGAGAUGACAGAUGACAGGUGUUCUGCACUCUUCAUGUGUGAACUCACCCAAUUUUCAUAACUGACACCGCUGGGUGGCAUAUCGGAAUGCACUCUCGCUCUAAGGAACAGGAUGCUGACAAAUUGGACUUCAGCAAGAAAGGGAUUCAAUUGUCUCACGCAAGUUAAGUAUGGGAGGCCAGUCCUGGGCCGGAACGGCAGCUAAUCUCGCCCUCUAGCUCUGCCUGUUGUGCUCACGGCACCUGUAGGCUUCACUUCUCCAUUCAGGAAGAAGCAACCGAAGGCCAAAAUGCCAUACAAGUCCUGUUUUCCUAGAAGCUCUUCAGUCAGAAUUGGAUCCAUUAAUGGCAAGGGCACCGGGGAUGAUGAAUGAUUCUCAGCUGGGCAGUUUACCCUCAACAAAGGCGGAGCUGAAGUGCACACAUGCCACCUUCCUCCCUGGAGGCUGAUGCCGCUCAAGUCUGGUGUGUGUGAGAUGGGGGUGGGGUCAGGCAUGGCCCCUCUGUCCUGGGACCUGCCCUGUCCUUGGUCGUCACUGUGUUCCACACCUAGUCAUGUUCUGGGGAAUUCAGGCUGCAAGAGGGUGCUUUCUGGGCCUGGUUUCUAUACCAUGUGGGCCUGCAGAGGGCCUUUAGAAAAGGAGAAAGGAUCAAGUUCUCUUUGAACUGACAGGAAAUCAGCUCCCCUUGGGCUGGUCACCCCAUCUCUGGGAUGACACCCAACAGCUGGGUCCUGAGCACAUCCACGGUCAGCACCCCAUCUGGCAAGCACCUGACAGUCCAGGGAGCCAGAUACCCGCCCGGCACAGCUGCAGCCCUUAAAGGGGUGACACAGGGACCCACCCUGCCGUGCCGUCUCUACCCAAACAUGUAGAAGGAAAGAAAAGGGCGGAGGACAGCACCUGCCAUCACCUUAGGUUCCAGGAAGAGGGUCUCUUGAAGAGAGAAUGGAUCAGAGGGAGGAGACAGUUUCAAAGGAGACUAACUGGGAAAAAAAAAGCAGCUGAAAUUUGGGCAGAUGCUAGAUGAACUUCUAGAAGGUACUUUAGAGAGAAGGGGAUUCAAAACAUGUUACGGAGUUAAGGACACAAACAGUGAGGAAAACGAGCCAGAAGUGUGUCCCUUCCUCCAGGAGCUCCUCCAGGGCCACCUCAGCCAGCAGGGCUGACCACCCCACUCUGUCGCGACCCUGUGACUUUCUGACAGGGCCAGACCCGUCCCUGGUUAACAGGGGAAUGAAAAGGACAGGUCCUAGCCCCGCUGGGCUCCAGAGUGGAUUAAGUUCAAUGCUGGUGGCAGCCUCCCUCUCAGGGGAUGUGUGUGCUCGUACACACACACACACACACAUGCUGAGUGUGCUCGUACACGUACACACACACACACACACACGCUGAGCUCACCCCCCAACCAACCAACUUGUCCUCCAGUGUGUGGCCCCUCACCCCUGGGAGUUGAGGGACACGGUGGGUGUGGAUGGAGGCUGGUAAGGAAGAGCUUCGGGAACUCCAGCUGGAGAGGGAGCUGCUUACAGGCGAGUCUGCGGGUCUCAGCAGCCCUAGUCACGCCAGCCUUGCCCG